UCAGGAUGGCGAGGCAAUCUGUACUACUCAUUGGUGCAACUGGCCAAACAGGCGCAUCCGUACUCGACGGUCUUCUCGAAAGUGGCAACUUCACGGUCGUCGCAGGGGUGCGCCCACCAUCAGCAUCGAAACCCGAAGUGCAGGCGCUCAAAGCUCGUGGAAUCGAAGUCCGCAUCUUGGAUAUAGUGAACUGGACUGUUGAACAGCUCGUCGAGCCAUUGAAGGGUAUCAAUAUAGUCAUCUCGACCAUUUACGUCGCGGAUAUCCAGCACCAAAAGCGCCUUGCCGACGCUUGCAAGAAGAUCGGUGUCAAGAGACUGGUUCCGAACGACUGGGCUACUCCAUGUGUACGUGGCCUCCGAGGUUUGCAUGAUGAGAAACUUGCUGUUCAUGAUUACAUCAAGGAGAUCAGAAUCGGUUAUACAUUCAUUGAUGUCGGCUGGUGGAUGGAAGGAAUACUGCCUUAUGAAGCCGAACACCCAAAAGUGCCUGGACUCUCAGAAUUCCUCAGGACAUUUUUUGGCGAAGGCAACGUCAAAUGUGCCAUAACGGACCGUCGCGAUAUCGGGAAAUUCGUCGCACGAAUUCUCGCAGAUGAACGCACUUUGAACCACUAUGUCUUCUGCUGGACCCAACAAGCGACGCAGAGUGAGGCCUUUGCCCUGGCUGAGCGUGUUUCGGGACGCAAGGUAGACAGAAUAAACGUCAGUGCAGAGCAGCUAGCCCAACGGCUCGAGAAUGCCAGUGGACAUAUCGAGAGGAUCAUUUUGGGGUACGCGGAUAGCGUUUGGAUUCGAGGCGAUAAUACUAUUGAGAAUGCGAAGAAAGAAGAAUAUGGUGGCGCACUUGACGCUAGAGAGCUUUACCCAGAUCUGGGCAAGGAGCUUAGGUCGUUGGAGUCUUGGGCAAGGGAGAUCUAUUCGUCUUGAACAUGUUACAAUGCAAUACAGGCGUAAACUCAAGUUCAUACGUACCGGUAUCUAAUCUGUAUGGUCACAUGAAAA